ACAUGACUGUGGGGUAGAGCUCGUUGGCGUUGGCGAUAUUACUGUCACAAAUCAUCAUACUUCCUACUGCUGGAAGCCCAACUGAAGAACAACUGGGAAAUACGAGCUAGCUCGCUAGCUGCCCCUGUGGCACAAUGGAGAGCAAAAUGCAUCACAUGGAGGGAAAUUACUCUCUAAAGCAAAACGUACAACUCCUGCAGUUCCAAACGGAGAAGUUCAGACAACUGUGGACUAAGGGAAGUCAGUGUUUUGAAGAGCUGAAGCAUUACUACAUCCAGCUCAAUGAAGAGUGGCAAACCCAGUGGCUUCACAGGGAAGAAACGAUAGAAUCCUAUCUGAAGCACCUGGAGGUGGACUACAUCAAACUGUUGGAGGAAUACGCCAAGCUGUACAACACGCGGGAGGCCAACGAGAGGAUUUUACUGAAAACCAACACCGAACUGCACAAAUGUAACCUGGAGCUCAAGCAAUACCACGUUCAACUCAACGAAGUGUGGCACGCCCGCUGGAUCAAGCGAGAGAAAAACAUCGCCUCCCAGGUGAGAUUCCUGGAGGAGGACAACAGCACGCUGGUGAUGGAAAACGCAGAGCUGUCUCACACCGUGAAGGCCAAAGAGAAGACCUUUCUCAAGACCACGGCCGAGCUCUACAAAGCCAGUUCGGAGCUGGAGGAUUUGAAAGCUGCCAAAGACUCCCUGUCGCUGGAAGUGGCCGAAAAGGAGGCGAAAUGGGGACGGGAGAAAGAUAAGCUGCUCAAAGAAAGGCAGGACUUGCUGGAGGACGUGAGGCAGUGCGAGAAACUGAUCCAGCGUGUGGAGAAUGCCGUCAAAACGAUGGAGGACAAGAAGGUGCUGAAAAAGAAGGAAAAACGAGGCAAAACAGAGAAAAAAUGUGUGGAGCAGGAGGCGCAGGAGAGAGAAGGAGGAGGCAGAGACAAGAAAGAAGAGAGGGAAAACAACCGUAAAGGCGAGGAGCCGAUAGAAGUCAUGAAUGAGGAGAAAGAGGACGACGGUGUUGAGGAGCUUGUGAGGGACGCCAAUGAGAAAGAGGACGACGGUGUUGAGGAGCUUGUGAGGGACAACAAGGAGAAAGAGGAAGGAGUCAAGGAGGUAGUGAGGGACACGGAGGAGAAAAAGGAAGAAGGUGUGGAGGAGGUAGUGAGGGACAUGGAGGAGAAACAGGAAGAAGGUUUGAAGGUGGUGGUGAGGGACACAGAGGAGAAAAGGGAAGAUGUAGAGGAGGUUGUGAGGGACACAGAGGAGAAAAAUGAAGGUGUGGAGGUUGUGAGGGACACAGAGGAGAAAAGGGAAGAUGUCGAGGUCGUAAGGGACACAGAGGAGAACAAGGAAGGUGUGGAGGUGGUGGUGAGGGACAAGGAGGAGAAAAAAGGUGUGGAGGUGGUGGUGAGGGACACAGAGGAGAAAAAGGAAGGGGGUGUCAAAGAUGUAGCGAGGGAGACGAAGGAAAACAAGGAAGGAAGUGUCACAGAGGUAGUGAGGGACACGGAGGAGAAACAUGAAGGGGUGGAAGUGGUGAUGAGGUACACCGAGGAGGAAAAGGGAGGUGCCGAGGAGGUCGUGAGGGACACGGAGGAGAAAAUGGAAGACGAUGUGGAGAUGGUGGUGAAGGACUUUGAGGAGAGAAAGGAAAAAGUGGUGGUGGUUAAGGACAUGGAGGAGAAAAAGGAAGAAGGUUUGGAGGCGGUGGUGAAGGACAUGGAGGAGAAAAAGGAAGAAGGUAUGGAGGUGGUGUUGAAGGACAUGGAGGAGGAAAGAAAAGAAGGUGUCAAGGUGGUGGUGUACGUGAGUGACGAAGAAAGUGCAGACGAGGAAGAAAAUGAUGACGAGGAGUACUGCCACAACAUCGGCCAGUGGGAAUACUUUGACGAUGAUGAGUGGAAAGACUCGGACGAUGAGUGGGAAGAUUAUGACAGGGAGGAGCAGGAGGAAGAGGAAGAAGAAGAUGAUGACAAAAAGGGGGCAGACAAAGGAGAAGAGGGUAACCAAGCGGAAGAAAAAGUAGAAGGUGAAGGUAACCAAGAGAAAGACCGGGGAGAAGAGGAAGAAGUUGACCAAGAUGAAGAGGAUGGGGAAGGAGAAGAAGAUUAUGAUGAAGGAGGCGAAGAGAAUGACCUAGAGGAAGAGGAAGAGGAAGAAAGUGACAAAGAAUAUGAUUCUCAAGAAGAAAAGGAAAGUGACAAAGAAGAAAGCCCAGAGGAGGAGGAAGGCGGCUUCCAAGACAUGGGUGGAAAGGAUAGCCAAGAGGAAGAAGAAGAGGAUGAAGAGGAAGAGGAAGAUGAGGGAGGAAGUGACCAAGAAGAAGAGGAAGAGGUAAACCAAGAAGAAGGCGAGAAUAAUGAAUGGGAAGAAGAAGACGAAGGUGAUCAAAUAGAAGACCAAGAAGAAGAAGAAGAAGAAGAAGAAGACGAUGAGCACGAAGAAGGGGAAGAUUAUGAGCUGGAGGACGAACCUGACCAAGAGUUUGAGGAGUGGUGGAAAGGCAUCAUAAACAAAAAGAAAGAUGAUAAACAUGACCAAGAAUUUGAAGACUGGUGGAAGGGCAUCGUGUGCAAAACCACAGAGGACGCAAGCGACCAGGAGAAGGACGAUGAUGAGCAAGAGGACAGCCAAGGGGAAGAGGACAAUGAUGACCAAGAGGACAACGAUGACCAAGAGAAAAACGAUGACCAAGAGGACAACGAUGACCAAGAGGGAAAAGAUUAUGAGCAAGACGAAGAUGGUGACCAAGAGGGAAAAGAUUAUGAGCAAGAGGAAGAUGGUGACCAAGACGGAAAAGAUUAUGAGCAAGAGGAAGAUGGUGACCAAGAGGGAAAGAAAGAAGACCAAGAGGAAGAGAAAGAGGGUGACCCAGAGCAAGAGAAAGAGGGUGACCAAGAAGAACAGAAUGAGGGUGACCAAAAAGGUCGAGAAAAAAAGAAAGAACCUGACCAAGAGGAGGUGGAUCACAAAAAGAAAGGGGAAGGUGCCCCCAAAAAAGAGGAAGAAGGUGACCGAGAAAAAAGGGGAGAGGAUGAUCAAGCGGAACAAAAAUGUACAGAGGGCGACCAAAGGGCGGAAUAUUACAAGCAAGAGGAAGGAGAAGAGGAAGAGAGUGACCAAGAGGAAAUGACAAAGCCGGAUAGAAGGAAAGUCAAAAGGAUCAAGACAACAGUGAUGCCAAAUGUGGGAAAGAGAGAAGCACGGAGGAAAGGAAAGUACAGAUUACCGAGGAGGAGGUAAUAGAAAAAAGUGACAAGGAAGGAGGAGGAGGAGGACAAAUAGCGUGUCAAGGUGGACAAGCGUGUCACAAAUGUGGGGAUGGAGGGCGGCGGAAGGGGAGAAAGACCAACUUGCCUAGGUAGAAGAGGGGGAGAGUGUGACAGAAAGAUGGAGGAAGAGAGAAAUAAAGGUAGAUGACCGGUGUGUCAAUGAAGAAAACGAGUGAGGCGGAAGAAGGGAGUAAGAAGGGCGAUGAAGACCCUGUCAAGAUAGACGGGGAGGGUAUUAUAGAAGACAAAGAGUGACAAGGUGGAAAAAUGCCAAGAAAAAGUAGAGAAUUACAGUAGGGAAAGAGUAAAAAGGAAGAAGGAAAGAAUGUCAAAGAGGAGGUGGAAGAAAUGGACAAAAUGGAGGUUGGUGCAAAAGAGAAUACAGAUGGAGAUGAGAGGGAAGAGUUGGUAAAAGUGUGAGGCAUCACUAAUAACCACUGAUUGUUUUUAUUUACAACUACAAACACAAAUCAUUUCCAGCCUAUAGUUUGUCACACUCCUCUUUCCUCUACUCUGCAAAAGUUGUGGUUUUCUUUCGUCUGGGAUCUGUAAUCACUUUUCAAUCUGCCCGUAGGAGAAAGAGAAAUCUAAUUUGACAAUGAGGUAAUGAACCCGUGAAGCCAUUAUCUUAGAUAACCCGUUUCAAAGACUGGUUGAAGCACUGAUGGAAAUUCUAUUAAACAUAGCUGGCUGAUUUCUCUAUUUGGUGGCAGAAAGAGACGCUUUCAAGCCUUGGCGAUUUACUUUCAAGUCAUCGAGUUGCCAGCUAUCAUUAUUGCGGGCGUCGUCAACACUCGAGCAUUACCUGAUGAUUGAAGGGCAACAGUCCAAGACUUUCUGCUAAUGACCCAGGAUAGACUAAAAAAUACAGCUGUGGCCACUUGAUCUUGAUACCAAAAACUAUCAGACUUGCAUCACUAAGGGAUGAGUUAAUGCUUUGCAAUGGACUUGAGAAAGUCAAGGUGUCCCUCCACUCGCUGCACAAAUUUUGUGGCCCUCUACUAAACUUCAUAGUUUAGUGUUAUUACUGGGGGCUAAUACUUAAAUAUUUGAUGGCCAUCUUGAAUCCUACUAGACACUACCUACAAUUAUGGUACAACACAAAAAUGACAGCAUGACAAACACUUUGGGCAACACAAAGAGCAACUUCCGUUGAGCAAGCCAAGGUUUCUCCUAGUUUCAAAAUAUAACAUUUAGAUUUAUGACUUAAGGCCUAAUAUAGCUCAGAGAUUCUGAAGUGAAUACUUUUUGCGGCGCAGCCUUUAUACCUCCAGCGAUAAAUUGAGUUUGAGACCCCUGACCUAUUCUGUAAAGACUGGGAACCUCGUGUCCUUUCAAUGUCCAAGCAGCGGCACACCACAGGGCUCUUUAUUUAUCCCCAACCUUGACUUCCGUUCAACCAAUAAUGUCCUCAGGUUUGCAAGUGAUCCCAUGCUGUCAGUUUUGAUGCCAGUUUCAGGACUAUCUCAUGGACUCCCAAUAGAUCCACUGCAGGGAGGAUGACUUAGUACUUUCCAUAUAGGGUACCCUCAAUCACUGCGUACUAUGGCACUUUCAUCAAACUGUCCCUUCAAUGUUCAAGCAGCAUCACACAGCGCUUUUUAUUCAGCCCCAACCUUUACUUCCGUUCAACCAAUAACGUCCUCAGGUUUGCAAUUGAACCCAUGAUGUCACUUUUGACACAAGUUUCAGGACUAUCUCAUGGACUCCUAAUAGAUCCACUGUAGGUAGGAUGACAGCACUUUCCAUAUAGGGUACCCUCAAUCACUGCGUACUAUGGCACUUUUCUCAAAUUGUCCUUUCAACGUCUAAGCAGCGGCACACCACAGGGCUCUUUAAUUAGCCCCAACCUUUACUUCCUUUCAACCAAUAAUGUCCUCAGGUUUGCAAGUGAUCCCAUAAUGCCACUUUUGAUGCCAGUUUCAGGACUAUCUCACAGACUCCCAAUAGAUCCACUGCAAGGAGGAUGACAGCACUUUCCAUAUAGGGUACCCUCAGUCACUGCAUACUGUGGCACUUUUAUCAAACUGUCCUUUCAACGUCCAAGCAGCGGCACACCACAGGGCUCUUUAUUUAGCCCCAACCUUUACUUCCUUUCAACCAAUAACGUCCUCAGGUUUGCAAGUGAUCCCAUGAUGUCCCUUUUGAUGCCAGUUUCAGGACUAUCUCACGGACUCCCAAUAGAUUCACUGUAGAGAGGAUGACUUAGCACUUUCCGUAUAGGGUACCCUCAAUCACUGCGUACUAUGGCUCAUCAAAGGACACCAUUUUCAGUCAACUAUAAAAAAGCCCGUAUCGCCCACUUAAAUGACUAUUCUCAUAAUAUCUCUGUUUGGUAAUAUUACAUAAAUGGACUGAAUUCUAAUGUUGUGUUUCACUUUUCAUAGAUUGACAACAAUGUGAAGAAAAUUGUAGUUACUAUACCUAAAAAAAAAAAUAUAAAAAAUGCAGAGGCAGUUCAAGUGUACGCACAAAUGUUCAUGUUGUGGGAAGAGACCAUUUACGCUCGUCCCUUUUGCAGUUCAACCUGAAAUUACCCACCUUGGUUUGAGGCUCCAAACACAUGAAUCUCCAAAUGACCAAAUCUGACAUGUGUGUGUGUUUUUCCACGUGAUAUUUAUCAGGCUGCUGAAUGCGUGUUGGCCUUUUAUUUGUUCUGCGCCUUUUGUAUUCAUGACAUGAAUAAUGCCUGCUGAUGCUAAUCAGAUGGCGGACCCGAGAGCGGUCUCAAAAGCAUCCUCCUGGAAAACCAAUCAUCCGCGUGGCCUUCUUAUGGCGCCGAGCAACCCUCCCCGGACGAUAUUGCACUUGAGGAGGGCGCCGUCUCCCAUUUUGCAUAGCACUGGACUAACCACAGGCACUGAUUAGCAGCAUCCUCCCCACUGAUAGAAGCAGUUGUGUCCUGAUUUUAAUGAACUGCUUCACAUUAGUGAGGCCCUACUCUCCUCCCUGUACACUUGCCUCUACUUGCCCUCUCGCAGUCGGGGGAAAAAGGGCCACAACUCCAAAGGGGAAUUACAUAAAUAAAUAAAUUAGUCAACACUUGUAUCAGUAAGCAGACGGUCAUGCGCACUCUUGAGCCAAGACAAAAAUAUUGACAAAAUGUCUGCUGGCCAUCUUAUUAUCUUGCCAAGGCUUGCUGCUGGCAAAGUAGUCCAUGCUGGAGGCGAGCAGUUGCGGCGGCCACUGAGAAAAACUCACACUCUCCCUCACAUGCUUCGUGUACCGCCGAGCCUUGAGUGCCGCGCCAUCCGCCACAUUAAUGCUUCCGGAUGAAGGCGCCGGAGGGGAACGCGUUUGCUAAUGAGCGAGUGGCCUGCCAAGUUUUGUGUAACAAGAGCCGCAAACCAGUCGCUUGCCAGAGGAAGUGACCCCAAAUACUGUACAAAACAGGCCGACUGUCAUACUUGAGGAGAACAGACCCGACCGAGAAUAAGGAUUGAUGCUGCAGAUAUUGCCUCGUGAAGCGGGUCCUCGCCCGCCGGCGGAUGCAUUGAUAAAUGAGCGCGUCAAAAAUGACUUAAAUAUACCAGAUGACAGCUACUGAUAGCGAUGUGUAAACGCUUGAAGGUAGAUGGCAUAGAUUCGCCCACAUUAACGUGCAAGUGUCAUAUCGUUCAAACUCGGGAGUGUCCGAGUCACUUCUGAUACGAUACUGAUAUCGGAGCCCUUUUGGCCAAUAACGAUAUUGAUCUGGUAUGAUAUCAGCAGGAAUUAUAAAUACGUGAAAUGACUGAAACUAACCUAUUAAGGCAAGGCAAGGCAAGU